CAUAAACACCAUAAAAAAGAGCUCAUUUACCAUCCGCAGGAGCUCCCUUCCAGACGCUUCCGCUCUUCUCUCUCUGCUUCCGGCAGAAAUCAAGGCAGUAUUAGGAUGGUGACCCGGCGCCUCUUCGCGCGACUCUACCGGCAUUGCGCCGGCGCAGCGGCUGCGUCAUCAGCCGCGGGGCGGCACCGGGGGGCCCUGGCAGCGGCGGCCGUGGAGCAGUUCGCCGGUUCCUCCCUGCCUGUCGGGGUUCCAAAUAUUUUGAAUCAUCAUUUCAGAUACUCAACCAGCAUUUUUCAAAAGAUUGGUUUCUCGUCUGUUUCACCACAACAAAGUGAUGAUGAGGUUAAUGAGCUGAAAGACCACGAAAGGGCCUUAGAUGGAUCAAGUGAAGAUUGUCCAUCUGGAAGUAUUGAAGGCCUUGAUCUGUCGAGAGAUGAUUUGGUGAAGCUAGUUCGUGAGAAGGAUGAAUUGUUGAAGUCCAAAGAUGGUGAAAUCAAAGAUAUGAAGGAUAAGGUUUUGCGCAGCUAUGCAGAAAUGGAAAAUAUCAUUGCUCGGACAAAACGUGAAUCUGAGAACUCCAAAAAAUAUGCAGUACAGAACUUCUCUAAGAGCCUGCUAGAUGUUGCUGACAAUUUGGCUAGGGCAUCAUCUGUUGUCAAGGAAAGCUUCUCGAAAAUUGAUACCUCAAAAGAUUCUGCUGGAGCUGUCCCACUACUGAAAACCCUGCUGGAGGGUGUGGACAUGACUGAGAAGCAACUUGCAGAGGUCUUCAAGAAGUUUGGAGUCGAAAAAUUUGACCCGCUGAAUGAGGAAUUUGAUCCUAACAGGCAUUGUGCAGUUUUUCAAAUUCCUGAUCCUUCAAAACCACCGGGGACCGUUGCUUCUGUUGUAAAGGUGGGCUACAUGUUACACGAUCGCGUCCUCCGCCCUGCCGAAGUCGGCGUCACUGCCACGGAGGGAGGUGCGCAUGCAACUGAAGAGGCAGAGAAGCCGGAGGAGAAAACAGCGAGGGACUAAAGUUAGCCGUGGUUUAGUCAAGGAGGAUUGAAUGCCGUUUCUGUUUAGAGUUUGAGAAACAUGAAUGAAUGCAGAAAACUUUUGGCCGUGUUCGACACGGGGAGAAAGUUUAGCAAGCAGGCUGGCGCCUUUUUUUUCUUGUUUGGAACUUGGAAUGAAAUCCAUUUUGGGGUUUGGAGCAACCCUGCAUGUCGUACAACACCUUCUGCCUGCUAGUAUGACCGUUGACCUUGAGGGAUGGGCAUGAGGCCCUUGGCCGAUACUAAAGAGCUGUGCUGCCGUGAUCGGCUUUCUGUGGCUUAAAUGUUCGGCAGCGUUUUCACC